AUCUGGACCGGAAGUCUCUCCGAAGUUUAGUAGUUUUGUAGCCUGACGUUAGAGAAAGUAUCUAGGCUACAGGAGUUUCCCGUUGAGGUCAGGCUUACAUCAAGCUAUGUCUCUACCGACCGAUAAAGCAUCUGAUCUAAGACGGACAAUCCGCGAUCAUUUAGUUAAGCUGAAUAUCCAUGACAAGAUACGUGACAUACUGGCAGAACCAAGAGAGGGCUUUGAUCCUGGACGGCGUCUUGGAUCCGAAGAGGACUUAAUGCUUGCUUUGCAGCAGAGGGGAAUCGUUGAUGAUGUUAUGAAGGACUUAACGUUACACAUUGACAGCGUGACAGAAACAGAGAUUUCAGAGAAGCGCUCAGACAAGCCUGAAAACAUCAGUGUGACUCAUGCCGAGAAAAUUAACAUUGAUCCCAAAAGAAGAUACCUGUAUGUUCAAGUCCUCGGAGGAAAGGCUUUUCUUGAGCAUUUGCAGGAGCCGGAAAAAAGUCCUGGUGUGAUCUGGUCUACCUUAACACUCUGUCUGAACUUCCGUAACCAGCGCUUUCGUUCCAAACCUGUACCUUGCGCCUGUGAACCAGAUCUACAAGAGGGCUUUUUAUUAGAGGUCCAUCAAGGUGCAACAGGGAAUGGAAACAAAAUGGCUGAGUGUUCCACAAUGCUCUCCAUGUGCGAUCCCAUCCACAUGGUGCUUAUCAAGACGGAAACAUCAGGGGAUACUGUGCUCGUGUCCUCACACUUCUUGGACUGGCGAACGGUGCUUUGUGCUCCCCACGGAAGGACCAGCAUUGCCAUUGAGCUUCUUGGAGUUGGGAAUGAGUGCAAAGUGCCUGUUGGAGUUCUUAAUGUGAAGCUUGAGCUCUAUCCUCCCCUGGCGGACCACCUGUCUAUUGAUGUCAUUGCUACUCAGCAAUCCCUGGAGAGGCAGAAGACUGCGGAAAAGGAACGCUUAUUUCUAGUGUAUGCUAAGCAGUGGUGGAGGGAAUUUCUAGAGAUUCGCCCAUCCCAUCAGAACAAGCUUGUGAAGAUCUUUGCUCAGGAUGAGAAUGGCAUUAAUCGACCCGUCGGCUCAUAUGUGUGCAUUCUUCGGGGAGGUCGGCUUUUAGAAUCUCCACGCCAGGCCGCCCGCUUCGUAAGCCUACUGGCCCAGGAAAGGGUACCUAUGGUUGGCGGUGGCAGCUACCGUGAGCAGUGGUGUACUAUGAUGGCUUUCCUGUGCAGGAACAAGGGAGACUGUGAGGACCAUGCUACCCUCUUGUGCAGCCUGCUCCUAGGUUUUGGCCUGGAUGCCUACGUAUGUGUCGGCACCAAGGCAAAAAACACUCCUCAUGUGUGGGUCAUGACCUGUGGCACUGAUGGCUCCGUCACCUUCUGGGAAAGCCUGACUGCUAACAGGUACCUCCAUCGGCCAAUUGAUCCGGAUGAUCAUCUGACACCCCAGCCUAAACCUUCCUACCCCUAUCAGACUAUUGGCUGUGUCUUUAACCAGAAGACUUUCCUGGCCAACUGCCAGCCUACAGAUUCUGUCCAGUUGUGUGUUUUUGACUUCCAAGACCACUCUUGCUGGAAGGCUAUGAGUGCGGAGGCACUGAACUCUGUGUGUGCCUCUGGAUCCACAACCUCCCUACCUCCAGUCCCCUCCCUCUGCGCCUCCUCACUUGAUCCAGCCCAGGCUAGUAAUCAGAUGGAGCUGGAGCUGCGCCACGUGUUGGCUGAGCACAGGAAGGACCUGGGUUUGGCCACAGUGUGGGACGACAACCUGUCAUACCUGCUCUCUGCAGCACUGGUAGCUUACGAGCUUGAGCGAUGCACAGGUGUCUCCUGUGGCAAUGAGGAGUUCCAGGAUGCUGUUAGGAGAGCGGUCCCUGAUGGCCACACAUUUAAAGGUUUCCCUAUCCAAUUCCUGCACCAUAAUGCACAUCGAGCUUUUGCCACCAGCCUCAGGUCACAUUUCUGUGAGGAGAUAGUUUGUUGUCGUGGAGACCAAGUGCGGUUGGCAGUGCGAGUCCGGGUGUUUGCCUAUCCUGAGUCAACCUGUGCUACUUGGGUCAUGUAUGCCUGCAAGUACCAGUCUGUUCUGUGAUGUGACCAGAAUUGUAACAUUCACUGACUCUCUAAAGAAGUACCAGUCUGUUCUGUCAUGUGACCAAAACUGUAACAUUCAUCGUUGACAUCCAUUUUAAAGGCUAGCUUAGUUUGUCUGUAUGUAUUGUCUCUGUAUGCCUAUAUUUUGAUAAAUACAUUUACACAUGAA